AUGAACUCAUUAAAGAAACCAAUUGUAGUGUUUGUACUUGGAGGACCUGGUUCAGGUAAGGGUACUCAAUGCUCAAAGAUCGUUCAAGAGUUUGGACUGGUUCAUCUGUCUGCCGGUGACCUCUUGCGUACAGAGAUGGCAUCAGGUUCACAAUACGGUGAUAUGAUUGCCACGAUGAUCAAGAAUGGUGAGAUUGUACCAUCAAUUGUCACUGUCAACUUGCUAAAGAAUGCAAUCAUGGUCGAUCCAUCAAAGAACUAUCUUGUAGAUGGUUUCCCAAGAAAUGAAGAGAAUAAUAACUCUUGGGUAGAGAAUAUGACAUCUAUUGUUGAUACUAGAUUCGUAUUAUACUUUGAUUGCCCAGAUGAGGUAAUGACAGAGAGAUUAUUGGGACGUGGAGCAAGCAGUGGAAGGACAGAUGAUAAUAUAGAGUCAAUCAAGAAGAGAUUCACAACAUUCCAUAAUCAAACCAAACCAGUUGUUGAGCACUAUGGUAAACAAUCAAGAGUGCACUCUAUCAACUCUAAUAGACCAGUUGAUCAAGUCUAUGAUGAUGUUAGAAAGUUGUUCCAAACAUUGGCU